AUGCCCCACUGGGAUUUGUGGCUCCAUCUGUACCGGGGCGAGCUCUUCAACGCCCCCGGUGGAAGCGCUGGGGUGAGGAAGCCGGUUCGAGCUGGGUGCCUCAAUCUGGUGCUCAAGACCCGCAAGUCGGAGAGGCCGCACGAGUACAUCCCGGAUCUUGAGGCUUGCCGGAUGUCCAACAAGGCACCCGCGGAUGAUGAGGUCGCCGCUAGGGUUAGGGCGGCUGUUGCAGGCGAUUUCCAACCUAAGCAUGUCAACGGCUUCCCUAUGAGGCCCGACGUGGGGUCAAUUGGCCUGGGAUCAAUUGACGUUCGAUCCUCGAGCCCUCCAGUGAAGGAGGAUGAGGUCGACCGUGACAAGCGGCGAGAGUCCGCGAAAAAGCAGAAGUCCACAAUGGACUUAAAAAAGAAGAAGGAGAAGAAAAAGAAUCUCGAGCGCCAAGCGUUGGAGACACGCCGAGCGAAGUCCAGACAGAGGGGGGAGCCUGAGGAAGAGUCCCCCAAUGAGGACGACAGUGGCGACGGUGACGAUGACAGCGACGACUCCGAGGGGAUGGGGUCCCGUCUUGACAGGAUCCUCGAGGGUUCGCCUCGGACCGACGUUGACCCCGUCGGGCUUCGCUCCGUCGAGGAGCAGAGGAAGAGAGAGGAGGAGGAGCGCGUGCAGGAGACGUGGCAACAGCUGCAGGAGGGGCAGCAGCGGCCGCAGCAGAAAGAAGGACAGGAGGGGCAGCAACCAGAAGGUCCCCAGCUCGAGGAGCUGCUGGAGCAAGACCGGCAACAGGAGCUGCGGGAGCUCCAGGAGCAGCAACAGCGGAGGGGCCAGCAGUUAAAGGAACUGCUCGAGCCACCAUCUCACAGGGCCGCAGCCAGUGCCACCAGCGCCGCAAGAGCCUGGAAACGGGGAGGAGAGUCUGCCGGUUUAUGGUCCUCUGACCCCGGCGUGGCUCCGUCCGGGAGCGCCGGCUUCUAUCCCAGCUGA